AUUGCUGUGUGAGCUGCAAUACACAUAGCCUCACAUAGGUCCGCAGUUAACGGACUUUAGCCUUACCAUUAUUUUCCGUAGUCCGAGACUUCAUAUCACGUAGCUACCUUAGUUACUUGCCUAGCUAGAUGAUCUUGGGGAUUUAAUACAGCUGGUAUCCUGGAAAGAAGCCUUUGGUAGAAAAGGCCAUACGGCUUACUUUCUGUUCCACCUUUGUGCUAAUUUAAUAAAAACGCUGUUCAUCCCACAUCCCCUAUCGUGUCUAAGAUGGCUUCCGAUAAGACCAUAGUUCUCAUUACUGGUGCGAACAGCGGCAUCGGCUAUGAGACCGUUGUCGCUCUAUCAAGCGCAUCUGCCAAUUUCCAUGUCCUCCUUGGUAGUCGAUCGAUGGAGAAAGGUCAAAAGGCUCUGGAAAGCUUGCAAUUAGCUCACGGUGAUUCAUUGAAAGGCUCGAUAUCGGUGCUCCAGAUCGACGUGACCGACCAAACCUCGAUUCAGGCCGCCAAAGAGCAGAUAGAUACCCAAUUCGGAAAAUUGGACGUGCUGAUAAACAAUGCUGGAGUCAUCGUCUAUCAACAGGUUGACAGGCUGGCUGCUCUCCGCCAGUCCUUCGAAACAAAUGUCAUCGGUCAAGUGAUGGUGACGGAAACGUUGGAGCCGCUUCUCAGGAAAGCGAUUAAACCAUAUGUCAUAUACGUCUCGUCCGGGCAGGGUUCCGUGACGAAACGGCUGGACGCUAACUUCGAACACCGCGCCAUACGGGGCGACCCGUACCGUAUGAGCAAGGCUGCCCUCAACAUGUUAGCGGCUUGCCAUAGGUACAACUACGCCGACUGGGGAUGCAGAGUUCUUGCUUUUAAUCCGGGUUGGUGCGUUACCAACUUGACUGGAGAAGCAGGUCGCGAGAUGCGUCGAAAGGGCGGUGCGCGGGACCCGAAGGAGCCGGCUGUUGCUCUUGUCGAUAUCAUUCAAGGAAAGAGAGAUGUUGAUAUUGAGAAAAAUGGCAUGGUGGAUGUUGACGGAGGUGUUUUGCCGUGGUAGAGCCUCGCUUCUCCUACGGCGUUGGAAAUAACUUCACGCGCACCGAAUAUCAUCAAGAUACCUGUGCAAUAUCGUAAAUCUGGGUAUUUAAGUCCUAGUUACCAGACAUGAAUUGGAAUGAACCAUGGAAGGAAAGCCUGGAUUAUGAGACUACUAGCAAAGUGCGCCACUAUCUCUACCUUCCCUAUUUGGAAGACUAUCUCCGAAUCAUUGGCUGUCGAUUACUCCGCAAACUCUAUUAGCGACCGAACGCUAUUCUCUCUCGCUAUGGUCACCGCGGAAUAACAGACUUACAUACGAU